AUGGGUGCCGUCGUCUCAUGUUUCGAAGCCAUCUUCCGCACGAUCGGCAGCGUCAUUAUGGCCAUCAUCAGCGGCAUUGGCAACAUGCUCACAGCCAUUAUUAACGGCAUUGUUGCCUUCUUUGGCAUCAUCAUCUCCUGCCUGACGUGCGGUCGCUCCGGCGGCAACCGUCGCUACAGACAUCGCGGCAUGGGAGGGUCCCGAGUUAGGAGUACGGUAUAGAUCAGGCUGGAGAGUGAAGAGAAGAGCGGGAGCAUGAGAAACACCGGAGCGGCUAAAGCAACUCUUCUUUGUCGACUCGAAUCGAACGAGGAAAACUGACUUGCUGCUGCUGCUGCUGCUCGGUGUUGUUCAAUGCUCCCUGUUUCACGAACCGGUUUAUGAUUUACGACCCCCACGACCGAUGACGGAAAGAUCUGGACUACCCACACAUCUCCACAAAGACCAAAGCAGAUGAGGUCUGCUUUGCGAUCGCGUGGAGGAUAAUUUCCUUGCCUGUUUUCUUUUAUGGACUUCUUUUGAGAUACCUGGACCUUUAACCCUCCGAUGCGGUGCAUUU